AUGUGGUGGUUGUACCGCAAGGGGCCCUCGGGCUUCGCCGGCGCCUCCACGGCCGAGGAGGUCACCGCCGGCAUCGACGGCCGCGGCUUGGUCGCCGUUAUCACAGGUGCGUCGAGAGGAAUCGGGCGGGAGACGGCGCGCGUGCUGGCGCUGCGGGGCGUGCGCGUCGUCAUGGCCGUCCGCGACGUCUCCGCGGGGGUCAGGGCCAAGGAGGCCAUCCAGGCCGAGAUCCGCGGCGGCGCGGAGCUGGACGUGCUGGAGCUGGACCUUAGCUCCAUGGCUUCCGUCAGGAGAUUCGCCGCAGAGUUCGCCUCCCUCAGCCUGCCCCUCAACAUCCUUAUCAACAACGCUGGAGUCAUGGCGAGGGACUGCACCCGUUCCCCCGACGGCCUAGAGCUGCACUUCGCCACGAACCACAUCGGUACGCAUUUCCUUCUGACAAACCUGCUGCUGGAGAACAUGAAGAGCGCGUGCCGGGACAGCGGCGUGGAAGGAAGGAUCGUUAACGUGUCAUCUUCCGGGCAUAUCAUGACCUACCCCGAAGGGAUAUGCUUCGACAAAGUGCAUGAUCCUUCAGGGCUUCACAGGUUCAACAGCCUCAUUGCUUAUGGCCAGUCCAAGCUUGCAAACAUUCUCCACAUGAAUGAGCUGUCCCGGAUUCUCAAGGAUGAAGGGGUCAACAUUUCAGCUAACACGGUCCAUCCGGGCGUCAUCGUGACAAGCCUUUUCAGAAACAGGACCAUUGUGAGCGCUCUCAUGAACACCGUUGGAAGAAUCAUAAGCAGAAGCGUCCAACAGGGUGCUGCAACGACAUGUUAUGUGGCGAUGCACCCUCAAGUCCAGGGGAUAACUGGUAAAUACUUCGGCAAUUGUAAUAUAGCCAACACAAGCUCGCAAGCUGUAGAUGCAGAAUUGGCCAAGAAGUUGUCGAACUUCAGCUUGCAGAUAGUGUCUUCUUGA